AUGCCCUCGGCCAUGAUUUUGUCCUCCAUUCGCAACGUGCGAGUGGCUUCAGCAGGCACAGAACUCAUUGGCCAUUUCCUCAGUUCGCCAACGGUUUCACAUCACCUCCGACUCUGUGACUACAUAGAGAGGUCUCACAACACGCUCCAGCAAAAAACUACUGACUCUCAGCUGCAGCUUCUUCCUGAGCUUGGUGACAUCGACUCAGGCGAGACUUUUGGGUUAGUUCUGUCAGAUCAUUGUAGCGACAUCGGUGUGAGGAAGUCGACCUUUGCGUUUCUUGCCAGUUGGAAUGUCAUCAUCAACGAGUGGCAAAUUGACCCCGCCCUUCUUAUGCUCCCAGCUGAAACUUCAAGACCAAUGAAACCUCCAGCACCAAAGGAGAAAGGCUCAUUGCCCAGCACAGAAGUUCCUAGCAUGGCCCCAGGGUACUGGACGACUCGAUUGCGUAACUUUCCUUCUGUGCAAGACCUCAAUGGUGCCAGCACACGAAAGCUUCCUCCCGAAUUCUCACAGGAUCGCCUAGAUUGCCAGGUGAUUCCUGGGGCUACCACAGAGGAUUGCCCCAGCGCUGGCAUCAGCAACACAAUUACCCCCAGUGCUUGGAGUCACCAGCGAUCGCCAGUGAUUCCUGGGGCUACUGCAGAGGAUUGCCCCAGCGCUGGCAUUAGCAACGCAAUUACCCCCAGUGCUGGAGUCACCAGCGAUCGCCCAGUGAUUCCUGGGGGCUACUGCAAAGGUAUGUGCAAUCACACCCGACCAACGCUACACGCGAAAAACUUCCUCCCGAAUUCUUCACAGGAUUGCCCAGUGCUUGGCAGCACUGGCAUCAAUAACUUGAUGGCUAUCGUGGCAGGCCAGACCCGGUCUCAGUGCCUGUUCUCCAUUUCCAUGGGUAUUGAUCCUCGCUCACUCACCUUCCAAAAUUCGGACGAGUUCUACUUAUUUAUGGAAAUGCAGGCUGAGUUCAAAUGGCUGUCAUAUCAAAUGACUUCGAAGCGCUGGGUGCUGGCGACAGAAGAGUACAACCGCCAUCUCAUCAAGAAAAAGGGCCAGUCAGUCAGUCCAGAAGAACCCACAAGCCCUCCUACAAAUGACUAUACCUGUGACAUGCAAAAACAGCGAGUCAUUUUGGCGCUGUCAUUGUUCCGUGUCCCACUUGUGAAGGGGGAACCAGGCAGAAAGGCUCGAAAGGCACAGACAUGCUCCCGCUGUCAAACAAUUAUGUAUCCAGGACCCGAGAACUUGCCCCUCAACCACAAGAAGGGGUAUUGCGCAGAUGGUGUCAAGCAGUCCUCCAAGGCUGCCGGCGAGGAACUGCCUCCCUGGCCUCAGCCACGAGGAAUCUUCUCUGAGGGCCGAACAUUCCACCCUCACGUGUUCCUGUCGAUGGUCCAGCACGUCUACGAGCACGUCUUCAUGCAGGGACCAGGAGAGAUGGACCUGCUCGAGACUGAAGCAUUUUCGAAGCUGCUGAUUUCGCGCACCGAGGUUCACGAGUCGGAUAACAUGGUGCUUUUUCGACUGUUCAAGGGUUUUGUCACUGACCCAACCACUCCCCGCAACCGGAUUGUCUCUCGCAACGGUGAGGAAUGGCUGAGGAUUAACUACCUGCAGCAGUAA